UGUUCCCAGGCGCAGUCUGAGAUAAACACAUUUCCUCAGUGCACUGUUGUGUCUGCAUCUCCCAGCUCCGCUUCCUCUUUCCUGACGUGUUCAGCUUGGAAACUCUCCUCCUGCUCCUUUGCGGCUCCUACUCAGUGCCCUGGAUCAAACGGAGCAGGAAAGACCCUGUCCCUAGGGUUUCCUUCAUGAGUGGAUGACCGGACUCUAACAGAGGACAAGGUUCUGCGCUGCCAAAACCCUGAUUGCAUUGACAAGAGGCGGGCUCUCAAGGGAUGCUGGGCCGUGGGGAUGGCUCCUUAGUCUCACUCUCUAGUGCUGAGCGGAGCAGGGGCUCGGAGAGAGGGGGCAGAAACCAGGCAGCAUCACUUCCUAGCCCAGUGGCUACAGGAGGCAGUAGUCUCUGCAGAGGGACAGCCCAUGCCCUGCUCCUCUGUCUGUCUCUCUGUCUCAGGCUCAGUGCCCUGGGGACGGCCCAAGCCUUUGCUUGGUGCCGUAUGGACGGGCAGUUUCUAACGGCUCGGGAGAUUUGACUGUGUGAGAGAGAAAAGUUCCCUUUGCCUGUGGUCCCUGCUGGCCUGUGAGCGGAGGGCUGAGCUGUGCCCUGAUCUCCCAUGCUGGUUGCAGGUGGCCUGGCCUGGCCCAGCCCGACCUGACCCUGGGAGAGGCUUCGUGUAUGUCACCACGGCGAGUGCCAGCUGCUGAACCGCAACAGUCCCCUGAACCUCUGUGAGGCCUGUGACCGCAAGUUCCACGGCGCCAUGCACUUUGACGGGCACAUCCGCUUCGACCUGCCCCCCCAGGGUUCCAUUCUGGCCCGGAACGUAUCCACGCGGUCAUGCCCCCCACGCACCAGCCCUGCCUCCGACGUGGAGGAGGAGGACGAAGGACUAGUGGAUGGGAAAGGGGACAAGAAGAGCUCGGCGCUGAAGCUCCCCAAGAAGAAAGCCCGGCGCAGACACACGGAUGACCCCAGUAAAGAGUGCUUCACCCUGAAGUUCGAUUUGAAUGUGGACAUAGAAACAGAGAUCGUCCCAGCCAUGAAGAAGAAAUCCCUGGGGGAGGUGCUGCUGCCGGUGUUCGAGAGGAAAGGCAUCGAGCUGGCGAAGGUGGAUAUUUAUCUGGAUCAGUCCAACACGCCUCUGUCGCUCAGCUUCGAAGCAUACCGCUUCGGGGGACACUACCUGAGAGUGAAAGCCAAACCCGGCGAUGAGCUCAAGGUGGAGCAGGCCGUGAAAGACUUCAAAUCGCUGAGUCUGCCCAUCAUGCACUCCUCAGGCUCCGCCUCCACCUUCCUCUUCACCCCCGCUGGCGAGAGGCUGGACCAGCCGUCCUUCCGCCGGGAGAGCAUGGACAUCCUGGCCCCCGGGCGGAAGCGGAAGAACAUGAACGAGUUUCUGGGCGAUUCCAGCAUCCCGGGCCAGGACCCCCUGCAGCACUUCAGCUGCUCCCUGCCCAGCAAUGGAAUCGAUACGUGGAAGAAUAGGGCCGCCAGUCGCUUCAGUGGCUUCUUUGGCUCCAGCGCUAGCACCGGCCCCUUCGGACGGGAGAUGGAUAAGAUGGAGCAGCUGGAGAGCAAGCUGCACAGCUAUAGCAUCUUCGGCCUCCCCAAGCUCCCCCAGCAGCUCCGCUUUGACCAGGACUCCUGGGAGGAAGAAGAGGAUGACACCAGCUUGUGCCUGGAAGACAGCUGGCAGGAGAUCAUCGAGGGCACGGAGGCCCUGACGCGCCGGCAGUGCCACCAGCAGGAGGCCAUCUGGGAGCUGCUGCAAACAGAAGCCACUUACAUCCGGAAGCUGAAAGUGAUCACAGACCUCUUCCUCUGCUGCCUGCUGAACCUGCAGGAGUCAGGGCUGCUGUGUGAGGUGGAAGCUGAGCGUCUGUUCAGCAACAUCCAGGAGAUUAUCCAGCUGCACCGCGCCCUGUGGGGCAGCAUCAUGGCCCCCGUCCUGGAGAAGGCCAGGAAAACCAAGGCGCUGCUGGACCCUGUGGACUUCUUGAAGGGAUUCAAAAUGUUUGGCUCCCUCUUCAAGCCCUACAUCCACUACUGCAUGGAGGAGGAGGGCUGCCUGGAGUACAUGCGCACGCUGCUGCGGGACAGCGACCUCUUCCGGGUCUACGUGACGUGGGCAGAGAAGCACAAGCAGUGCAACCGCCUGAAGCUCAGCGACAUGCUGGUGAAGCCGCACCAGCGCCUCACCAAGUACCCGCUGCUGCUCAAGUCGGUGCUGAAGAAAACGGACGACCCUUGCACCCGGGACGCUGUCAUCACCAUGAUCACUUCCGUGGAGCGGUUCAUCAAUCACGUGAAUUCGCGGAUGCGCCAGCGGCAGGAGCAGCAGAGGCUGGUGGCCAUCCUCAGCCGGAUUGACUCCUACGAGGUGGUGGACAGCAGCACGGAGGAGGUGGAUAAGCUCCUGAAGGAGUUUCUGCACCUGGACCUGACGGCCCCCAUCCCGGGCACCUCGCCCGAGGACACGCGGCAGCUCUUCCUGGAGGGGAGCUUGAAAAUGAAGGAAGGUAAAGACAGCAAGAUGGACGUUUACUGCUUCCUCUUCACGGACCUGUUCCUCAUCACCAAGCCGGUGAAGAAGGCUGAGCGCACCAAGGUCAUCCGGCAGCCCCUGCUUGUGGACAAGAUCGUCUGCCGGGAGCUCAAGGACCCCGGCUCCUUCCUCCUGAUCUAUCUCAACGAGCUGCGCAGCGCCGUGGGAGCCUACACCUUCCAGGCCAGCGGGCAGUCCUUGUGCCGUGGCUGGAUCGAGGCACUGUACAAUGCACAGAACCUCCUGCAGCAGCUGCGUCUCCAGGAGCAGCAGCGUAGCCAACGACAGCAUCUGCAGAGCCUGGCGGAGGGAGAGGACGGGGAGAGUGGGGCCUCGGCAGCCAGCUCGCCCACCAUCCUGCGCAGGAGCAGCAACAGCCUGGACUCCCAACAAUGCCCCUCCGACGGCUCCACAGAGACCAUCUCGGUGGUGGUGGUGGAUGCCAGCGAGGAGCUCUCCUUCCCGGACUUGGAAGUGGGACCGUUCAGCUCGCAAUCGGACGAGACCUCCGUCAGCACCACCGCUUCAUCCACCACCCCCACCCGGGAGCUGCUGGAGGAGGGCGGGGAGCUUGCAGAGACACGCGCCCCCCUCAGCUCCACUUGCCUGAUGCUGGAUCCCAGCGGCUGCAGGUCGGCAUCCAUCGACAGUGCCUACGGCACCCUCUCCCCCACCUCCAUCCAGGAGUUUGCUGAGGCGCAGCAGCUGGAGCCAGGGGCGGAGGACGGGGGGCUCCCCCCCGUGCAGUGCGUCCCCUCGCCCAAGCUGCGCCGCAGGACGCCCGUGCAGCUCCUGCCCUGCAAGGUGAAAGCGCUCAAGUCCAAGUCGGAGGCCAGCCUGCUGCAGCUGAUCCCAGCCUCGCCCCUCCUCGCCCAGAGCAAGAGCCUCUGCGACCUCUUCACGGCUCCGGGCCCGGCCACCUUCCUGGCAGGCCCCAGCCAAGGACUUGCACGGCGCGAGGCCCCGGCUGGCUUCCAGAGGACUAGCAGGGCGGGCGCCGGGAGCGGGGGUGGCCGGUUGGGCUGCAGUAGCCUGAGCACCUGCAGUAGCAGUGGCUCCUCGUCAGAGCUCUCCGAGCCUGAGGAGCUGGUGUGUGCCAAGGGCUUUGCUUACCCAGCCGAGAGCAGCGACACGUCCCCUGCUGGGUCUGGGCAGGACACUCACCCAGCAGGGCCUGAGGGGGCGUGUGCCCCGUGCCAGGCUCCCAGCACCGCCGUGACCCAGUGCUGCCAGGAGCUGCCCCUUGCGCACCGGACACUGUCAGACCCGCAGGCGGCCCAGCACCGCAAGCUGACACUGGCUCAGCUGUACAGGAUCAGGACGACCUUGCUCCUCAACUCCACGCUGACCGCCUCGGAGGUCUGAGAGCUGCAGGGGCUCCAGGAGAGGAGCAGGGCUGCCAGUUCCACCAACCCCUGACGAUGGAGCACAAGCGCCCAGGGCGCUGGGAGAUGUUAGGCUGCAGGCCCCAAAAGCAGCGGCCAGGAGCGUGUCUAGGCUGCGUGUGGAUGGGAGAGAGACAGGGCGCAGGUGUAUGGACAUAGGGUGUGCAUGCGUGGGUGCAUGUCUGUGUGGGGAGUGUGCACAUGUACACGUGUGUACAGGGAGUGUGUGCAUGUGCGCGUGUGGGGAGGGUGCGCGUGUGGGGAGUGCGUGCGUGUGUGGAGUGUGCAUGCACAUGUGGGGAGUGUGCACAUGUACACGUGUGCGUGCGCGUGUGGGGAGUAUGUUGAUGCGUGUGCGUCUAUGGGAGUGUGGCGUGCCUGGGGGCCGACUCCAUGGAGCUGUGGCCUGGGUUCCUCCCUGAAGGUGGACGCGCUUGGGCUGGCCAGGGAGCCCUCCCUAGGACUGGGGCUGGCCGGGAGCUGCUCCUUUGCACUUUGAAUCUCGGGAGCUGGCUGCACUGGAGCCCCUGCAGCUGCGCCUGAGAACUCUGGAGCCGAAGUUGGGCCGAGGGCGCCCCCUACAGGACCUCUGUUUCCCAGACGUCAGGCGCUGCAGCCCAGCCCCACGCUGCUGGCCUGGGCGGUGCUCGGAGCGUUCCUGACAGUCAGUGAGCAGGGACCAGUGCUGCCACCUCAUCCUUGGCGCGCUCCUGGUCCACAGACUCUGCUGGGCUUCCGAACUCGCCUGUCCCGUCGCAGGCCUGCGGCCAGCUCCGGACUGACAACCCCACUCCCCAGGGUCUGGCAGCACAGGCUGGGGCUUGUGAGCUGGAUGUGACUGCAGCCUUCCAUGCACCACUGGCCUUUGCAAUGGGGGAGACACACAAGCCACGUUGCAUCAGGUUCAGCAAGAGCCAAACACUACAGCAAAGACUGGGACCUUCCGCCUGCUGGGACCCCAUCGUCGAGCUUCCCACUUCUCUGUGAACCAUCUCUGCAGUGAGCUGUUUGUCGCAAGGGCUGCAGGGUGAAACCUGCCCAGGAGCCGGGGGUUCGGAGUGCACUUUAUUUGUGGUAAGCUGCAUUUCCUGCAGCGGCACAUGGCACCUGCAGCUGGAAGGGAAAGGGCAGAGGGGAAUAGCCAGAACUUUUCCCCUUCCUCUAAGCUCACAUGCCAUUGCGGUCUGCAGCCUGGUCACCCUGGGAGCUCUCCAGAGGAUGGCAGCUGUGUCCCGAAGGGGGUUGUGCUGCAGGAGCCAGAAGCAAAAGCCCCUUUAAAUUCCAGCACUGCAGCAAGGAGCUAGACCAGGGCAGCCCCUGCCCACCGCCAGCCACCACAGCUGCUCUGUCGGCUCCCUGCUGGGGUGAGUUGCUUCUCCCUGCAUGACCAAAGCCCCCGAAAUGUGGUUUUCCACUGAGGAUAACGCCCUGGGGGGCUGCGUUGUCACCGAGGCAGUGGGCUGGGUAGCUCAGGCACUGGCUCCAGGAAGUUGCGAUGGGCUUACUGAGGAAGGGAUUCAAACGUUGGCAGUGGGUGAAGAGGAAGGAGAGCUACAGUGAGAGGUCCUGGCAGCAGGGUGCUGCCAUGGACACUGUGCCCUGCUGGCCAUGGGCGUGGCAAGGUCACAGGGGCUAGGAAGGUGGAGGAAGCUGGGGCAGGCUGGGGAGUGGGGCUGAUGUCAGACUGGGGAGGGGCAUGGCUGGACCCAUCAGCACCACAGCUCCCAGCUCCAGCUGUCUGGGCUCCCGGCCUCACCUUUUGCGGGAAGGAAAGGCUGGGCAGUGGUGCUGGGGGCUGGGCCGCAGGGUCCCUCUCCUGCUGGCUGCCCUGCUUGGCUGAGGGUGCGCUGCUCCUGCAGGGGUGCAGCUGGGGGCUCCUCACCUCCUGGGGGGCUGGAUCCUCCGGGCAACUGGUGGCAGUUACAGGGAAUCCCGGGCAGGCAGCCAGGCCAGGAAGGGCUGUGUAUGGAGUGGCUAGCAUGGAGGUGUGUGGGAGAGACCAAAGGAGCCUGUGGGGAGCGGGGGGCCACGGAGGGCCCUGUGCUGGCUAGUGUUCCCGCGGGUGGGAAGGGAGCACUGGACCUGCCACUCUCCCACACUGGUCAGUGCACACUGUGCUGGGGAGGGGGCAGUGCCACGGGGGCCUUGCGUAGGCCUCACUCAGACCCCUGCCUCGGGGCAAUGCUUUGGCCACCAGAGCUGGUCUCUGGAGCAGCAGCAGGAGGCUUGUGCAGCGAGCACCCAGUGGCAAUAAGUUCUUACCCCAACGCUUCCCACUGCAGCCCCAGGGAGGGGGACCACUUUUCCUUCCUGGCUGGGCUCCCUCCACUAAGCCAAGCCCUCUGCAGCUGGGGCCGGUACUGCCUGGAUGGCAGAGGGCAGGGCACCGCUGGCCUCGGUGGAGUUCAUUACACUUGGCUGCCAACAGGCCGUGGAGGCUGCUGCAGAACGGCAGCAGAGAGUGGGAAGGGACAUGGCGGCUGGGUGGCAGAUUCCUCUGCCCGGCUGUUCCCAGCCCCGCGGGCAGGCACGCUCACCCAUGGACCUGUGUAUAUAAAGUUGCAUAUUUAUUAAGCUUGGUGUUGAUUUUCUGAAACUGCGUCCUGGCUGGUUUGCGGCAGGGAAGCAGUGUUGCCUCCCCUUUUCCUCCCUGCCACUUGUAGCUGAAUGGCUGGGCCCCAGGCUGCCCUGGGGGCUGCAGAGCAGGAGUCCUCUCUUGGCUCUGGGGCUAGUCCAUCUUGUCCGUUGAACAUUAUCCCAGUGCUGUGCUAUCCCGUCCUGCCGCCACUGCCUCCCAGGUGAACCAUUAAAGACAGUGCGUGUGCGCUCA